AUGGCCGAAACAAAAGAGACGUCCCAUUUAAAUAAUUUACCCUAUGAUGAGAGCGAAGAAGACUACCAUGAAUUUGAGGAGUACGACGAGGUCACUAAACCGACUACUCGUCCCUUCUAUAAACGUCGCAAGUACUGGAUCUUCUGCGCCAUCAUAACGGUGAUCACCGUGGCCGUGGCAGUACCCAUAGCUCUCUUUGUCAUUUUGCCAAAGAUUGCUCAGGUCAUUCUGAAUCACUCGACUAUGUCUUUUAACAGCAUUCAAAUUACAAAUCCCACGAAUCAAUCGAUGGACAUGACAAUGGAUGGUGUUCUCGGUAAUACUGGUCCCUUCUCAGCCACUAUCAAAUUCCCGGAACCCAUUCAGGUGUACUACAACGACGUUAUGCUUGGCUCUAUGAAUCUUCCUGACACUAAGGCCAGUGGUGGUAAAGGAACACUGCAAGCUCAGGCUGCUUUCAAUAUCAACGAUGAAGCUGCCUUCGGAAGUUUCUCUGCCGAUAUGUUGAACCAACCAACAUUCACAUGGGUUCUCAAGUCGAAGGUCACUAUUGUAGCCCUUGGCCGCACCGUAAGCAACCUCAACUUGGAUAAGGCUCUUGAACUUAAUGGCAUGGGCGGCUUCCCAGACGUCAAGAUCCUCAAAUUUGAUCUUCCUUCAGAUGCAGCGCCUGGGCAGGGUAUCAAUCUGGUUAUUGACACAGCCAUGAAUAACCCCUCUCCCAUCGGAGUUAUGCUUGGAACCAUUGUCCUCGAUAUUUCCUACAAUGGUACGCAGCUUGGUCAAGUCAAGGCCACUAAUGCCAACUUGCUUGGCCGUAGUGAGUCUGUACUCAACCUGACUGGUGUCAUGAUUCCCCAGACAACGCCCGAGGGCCUUGCAACUGUUAGCUCGCUGUUUUCUGCCUACAUUGCUGGUCAGACCUCUCUAACUUCGGCUAAAGGUGUCUCGGUUCUACCGGAUGGGGUCAAUGAAGUCAGUUGGCUCUCAGUUGGCCUUAAGUCCAUGACGCUCAAGGUCCCACUUAGCACCCCUGCUCCAUUGAACAUUAUCAAGUCCAUCUCUCUUGGACCUAUGGGUAUGAACUGGACCAAUACUGAUGCGUACGCGCCAUUGGCCAACUCUCCAGGGGUUGUCGCUGGGUUUGAAAUGCCUUUCGGCUUCUCUUUGAAUGUCACUCAGGUCCAGAACAACAUGACUGUCAUCUAUAACAAUAAGAAUCUAGCCACCCUAAACUCGGCUCAAUGGGGCCCCGCUACAACCACGAAGGAUGCAAAUGGCACUGCCAUUAACUUUGCACUUCCCCCUACUCCUUUUGCUAUUGAGGCUGAUGCCCACGGUGACUUUGACACCUUUGUUAACAAGUUGACUAUCGGAUCAGGUGAAGCUUUCACUGUCUCUGGUUUUGCUGGCACUAUCGCUAUGACGCCUAUCGGUGAAGUUCGCAUCAUGGGUAUCCCUUUCAAGUCUGAUGUCUCUUUGACCGGUCUUCAAGGUCUGAAGACCGAGCCCACUGUUAUCAACAGUCUGACAGUCAUUGGCGGUGUCCCCGAAGGUCUCCAAAUUGCUCUGAAUUUGACAAUGGUCAAUCCUAGCCUACUAUCCAUCGAUACUGGUGUCGGCGAUAGCGCUGUCGUCACGUUCGCUAUGCAGUACGAGGGCGACAACGUUGGAACUGUCAUCUUCCCCAGCUUGAGCCUGGUCCCGGGCCAGAAUCUCCGCACUGCUGGCGCUCUGUUUACUCCCACUGGCACACAAGGGGGCCAGGCCUUAUUGCAGAAGUACAUGUCGAACCAGCCUGGCGUUGUCGACAUUUUUGGUUCAAGUUCAUCGUCUGCCAUCGGCCCCCUCGCAGCUGGUCUGAAAGAUGUGCAGCUUCAGUCUACUAUGCCAGGAAAUCCAGCUCAGCUGCUCUUGAGCACUGCGUUGACUAUUCUCGAUGACACUGGCAAGACUGGUAUCGCUAUGGCUACCGUUACCAUCAAUAACCCAUUUGUUCCAGGUUUGACUAUUAAAUCAAUCAAGUCGACGGUCCAGUAUAAAGGCCGCAAUCUUGGAGCCAUAGAUCUGCCUUCAACCACUAUCCAAGUCCCCGGUAUGACCCAACAGGCUUCCCAGCCCCUUCCAUUAUCCAUGGAUCUCUCGAUCGACUCGUUACUCAGUUUGAUGAUUGAUCAGGCCAACGCCAAUAACCUGAACGCAGAACCUAUUAUCACAUUGGGCAAAAUGGCAAAGGAUCCCACUCUCAAGGUCUCAUCAUCUGUCUUCGCUGGCUUUAACCUGCCCACAUUCGUCAAGGCUGCUAUGGCUGGCCUCAAGGUCGAUGUUUCCAUGACAGUCGAUGUGAUGGUCGGCGAAUAUCCAACUUCGCUCACCUUGACUCAAAAUGGCGUCCCAACCCUUACCGACGACACUAUCAUGAAGCUUCUCCCCAUUGUUGGAACCCCUAUUGCUCAAGCUAUCGUCGAUCAGGCUACGCUCAGCUUUACCAGCGUCAUGAUCAACAGCCCUGCAGAGACUGAUUUCACGACUAAUAUUAACGGCCUUAUUGCUAAUGCCGGACCCUUUGAUUCUGAGAUUUCUUUCCCAAGUGGAUCUUCGGUCGCCUGGUUGAACAACGGAGCCGAGUCUCCUAUUGGUCAGAUUGCUAUGCCCACUGUCUCCGCAAAGGCUGAUGUGGGAGCUAAGCUUGCGUUGACUAAUGUCCCCUUCCGCGUUGCUAGUGCUGAUAACAUGGGUAAUUUUGUCAGCUACUCUUUGAAAGCCGAAUCCUUCGAGUGGUCUGUUGUUGCUAACAACAUGACUGUCACUGCCAUGGGCGCGCCUAUUCCCAAUAUCAACAUGAAGAAGACUGUAACCCUUAAGGGCUUCAAUGGUCUCCAGGGCUUGGAGAUUCAGAAAUAUGAUCUUCCCUCUAAUGACCCCAAUGGUAUCCAUUUGGUCCUCCAAGCCACGCUUCCUAACCCCUCAAACGUCGGUAUUGAGAUGGGUACUGUUGUCUUCGAGAACAUCUUCCAGGGUCAGGAAAUCGGUUUUGUUCAGACUUCUGGUCUCAAACUCUUGCCUGAUGCUCUUACACCUAUUGCUAUGGAGGGUACCUUGACCAAACAGACCUCUGAAGCCGGCCUUAACGCGCUUGGCGAUUUGUUCCGUUUGGCUUUGAACGGUGGGGCUCCCAACUUGAUUGUCAAGGGCAAAUCUGUCACGCCUGCCAGUGGUCCUGUCUCAUGGCUGAGCUCGGCUUUUUCGUCCUUGACAAUGAAUGUCACUCUUCCAAGCCUAGGCAAACAGGAUAUUAUUACAGGAAUUACGCUCAAAACUAUGACUUUGGACUUCACUGGUGGUAACCCAUACCGAGUGAUGACCUCUUCGGACAACAUUGAGGCUACAUUCAAGAUCCCCUUCUCUUUCCCUCUGAGCAUUACCCAGGUUGCUGAAGAUGUGAACAUUCAGCUGCCCAAGGGCAGAAACGUUGCAAACUUGAAGCUCCCUCUUGGAGCCGCUCAGACAGUUUCACCUGGUCUCCUCCGAACCGCCUAUGAGAACCAGCCCUUGGUUGUCAAUGAUGAUGCACAUGAGGCGUUCAAUAGCUUUUCUAAAGUCUUGACGACAGGGCCUGGAAUCCAGUUCUUCUUGGAGGGUACUGCCGACACUGUUGCCGAGACUGCUGCUGGCCAAGUCAAGAUCCCCGGUGUGAGUGUUAACGUAGCCUCAUCCUUAGCAGGUAUGGACUUGAACACUGGUGGCGCGCAGAUCACUGACAUUCGAGUCACUGGCGGCACAUCUCAAUACCUCGAGAUCAAUCAGAAUGUCGUCCUUCAGAAUCCCUCAGGGUUGACGGUCAAAGUUGGUGAUGUCAGCUUUGAUAUCUCCUACUCUGGUAACAAUAUGGGCCGUGCAGUUGUAAAGGAUAUGGCCUUAGCUCCCGGCCUCAAUACUCUGCCAGCUGUCUUCCAGCUGCAACCAUCCAACGCUCAAGUCCGUGAUGGAUUCUUGAGUGGGUUCGUUUCGGGCGCAACAUUCCAAUUGGACAUUGCAGGCUCAGCCGAAUCCACUAAAGUAGAGUCACUCAAGGAUGCUAUGGCUUCUGUCAAAAUGUUGUCGACCAUCAAGGGUAUCACUGACAAGCUUAUCGCUCCUGGAAGUACUUCCCAGCCAGAUAUAGGCAACAUGCUUCAGCCUUUUACCCCCCGCAAAACUCCUGUCCAGGUUAUGAUCUACAAUCCUUUUGAUGCUCCAUUGUACAUCAAGAGCAUGAAGGCCAUCACGACUUGGGAAGGUAAGACCUUUGGUGAGGUCAAUGAAGAAGUAGGCAUGACCAUUCCCGCCAAAGCGACAGUCCGUUCGCCUACCUUGACCAUGGUUUCGCCUUCAGGCCUCGGAUUUGCUGUUGAUACACUUGCCCCGUUCAUGGUAAGGUAUCCUCAGCUGCUCGUUGGUAAAGCUGCAGAUGUGCCCUUCACUAUUGAGUCAACCAUCGUGGCUCUUGUAGGCGGAUCGAGUGGAUAUGAGGGUAAUGUCCAGUACACCCAACCUGAUACUAUAAUCAAUGUCAAGAUCAACGGAGAAGUGCCAAAGGGCAACUUGCCGGGUGGCGAUACAGCGACAACUACCACCACAGCGGCUGAAGCUCCAACGCAGACGACGACGAAAGGCGAGCCUACUCUGCCUACCUCUGGAGCUCCAUCGCAGACUGAGAAGCCAGAGCCAGAACCAAAGCCUACCAAGGUCACGGAGCCUCCUACUGAGACCAAAAUUGAUAAGACCGCGGAGCCCGAGCCUACAAAAAAUCCGGAGUCGGAUCCCCGUAUCCCCAUUAUUAGCAAGCGCCAGCUAGACAUCCUCGAGGCUUUCCCCAAGGAGGCCACGCUUGAGAAUGUUGAGACAUGGAUCAAGGCAAUGGCGAACAGGAUCGCAUUGGAGGAGGGGCACGCUGCUCCUAAUGCUUAA